AUGGGCUCAAUCGCAUCUGUGCUGCAAUGGCAUUGUCAAGCGUGUGGUCAAAUCAAUCCAACAGAGAGUGUAAAAUGUUUAAAAUGUGGUACCAAACGGGUAUCAAGUCAUGACAGAAAUUUACAAAAACAAUAUUAUACGGGAGACUCUUCAUCAGAUUACGCUUCGCGGACAGAGAAAAGUGGCGGAACCACCCCAGGAUCUGAAGCUAUUGUUAUACCAACAACAAAUAACUUUAAUCGCGGAUGGUCGUCAGUGGGUUCGGCGCCAGGCGCAAGUCGCGCGUGGCGGUGCGCUUGCGGGCUGCGCAACGUUUCCGCCUCGUGGCGCUGCGCUGCCUGCGAUGUACUCGCGCUGCAUGCGCCAGUCUACAGAUUGUCUGAUGAUGAGGAACAAUCUUCAGGGAUGACGGACAAAGACAAGUCUGAUAAAGACAGUAUGAUAAGGUCCAACACCCUGGCUGUUCCCUCAUACAAGCCCUCGUCAAGUUACUCUGAUGGUCGACGCUUGAACCUCGACUUGCAGUCGUUGCGUUUGUCUCCGACUCAGCUUACUGAUCAAGCUCACGGUGUCACGCGCUCCCUCUCACAUGGCUCCGUGAUCAAUUCCCAGCAUAAAUGGUGGAAUAUUGAAGAAAGUAGAGCCACGAUUAGCAGACCGACCAGUUUAAUGGUAUCGGAGCGUUACGGCUAUCAAGCUGCUACGUAUAACCCUCGAGAGUCUUUCCUGCGAAGUCUUCACACGGUCACGAGGAGGCCGAAGAAGUGCAACGAGAGCAAAUCCAAUUGGGAAUUGAAUUACGUCAAGGAAUACCAGAGAGAGCAAAGCAGAGCGUUGCAUUUGAAGAAAUGGGCUUGCAGUAAGUGCACCCUCGAAAACUCGGGAAUAAGAACCCAUUGCGAAGCUUGUCUGUGUCCCAGAAUUUCGCCACUCUCCAGAAUACCUAACACGCGUGGUCUCAGCGUCACCACCUUAGGUAGACACGAAACCUUCAAUAGGGACGGUGCCACGUCCUUACCUUCCUCUGGAGGGGUGAUGAUAACAGUACCAGAUUGGCCACAAACUGAAACGUUAAGGGAAUCGCUCCAAAGAUCAGUCAGCGCUCAAAACUCGCCAGAAAUCCGACCCACGUACCGCCGAUCGUUCUCGGAACAGAACAGUGAAAAUCGGCCCAUGGGCAAAGUGAUUUCUAGCAGGCGAAGCUUGAACGAUUAUCAAAAGUCUCUAGAAAGCUACUGUUCAUUGAAAGACGAGCGUCGGGAGAAGACCGAAAAGAAAAUUGACGAAUCGAACACUGAACUGAUAGAUAAAGAGUGCAGUUGGGAUACUAAUGCCGAAGGUGUUAUUUACGCACUUCCCAACAAGGGAAAGUACAAAGAUUUAAACUUACAAUUGCAAGUGAAUAACAACGGAACGAGGUACUCGUAUGUUUCGGUGCAGGAUACAAAAACUGUGAUGUCAAAUUCUCAGAAUGAGGCGUUGUAUUCGAACGAUAUAGGCGACGGGGAUUACGCGAGGAUAGACGAGUUGUUAGGUGCCGAGAACUGUUUGUCCCCAGUUGGGGAGAGUAAUUUAAGGACUUCUCACAUCGGGGUGAAGGAGAAAGUGUUCAAUAUGCUGCCGUCGGUGGGCAAAGUGUCCCACAACCCACGGGAGCCUUCCAAAGUGCCUUCUACACAGAAUUCUCGUGAGCCCAGCGGCCGUAUGUGGCAAUGCGGCGAAUGUUGGUUCGCGUACAACGCGUGGGGAUCGCGCUGCGAGGUCUGUCGCAGUGCGCGGCCUCCGCACGCCACAACGCUCGCACAAACGCCACAACCCCAUAGAAAUUCUUCAGAAGCAAGUGGUACUAAGUUGGAACCGAACCAGAACCAACCGAAGAAGCUGACAGUACCAAUUGCGUCUAUGGAGCAUGAUUUGAAUAGUGACGAGUUAUUGUUUGCUGUCGAGACUUCAAGUCCAGCGGUUGACAGUACGUGGUCGUGCACCCGUUGUACGCUCGUGAAUGACGCGAACGCGACCGCGUGCGCUGCCUGCGCGGGAUCUCGACCCAGCACUCAUAACUUCUGGUCAUGCAGCUCGUGUACGCUGCGUAAUCCGAUGUCAGCGAACCAUUGCUUGGCCUGUAAGACCCCGCCCGUACCGAAGCACGCCGUGCCUACUGAUAACCACGUCGCUGCUGCAGGUCGGAGCCCCUCACCUCGCAGAGGCCCUCGUCAUACGCCGGCUUUGCCCCGUCGAGGGUCUAGACACAAAACUCCGCCACCCGAAACUAAGACUGAUUCUGAAUGGCCGUGCUCCGAAUGCACGUUCGUGAACAGUGUGUCGGCCAUGUCUUGUGAAAUGUGUCAAUCGCCCAAGACUAGACUUCUGCCAGCUGCGCCUGACCAGCCCAGUUUGGACGACGAUGACUCACCAGAAGGGUCGGAUGGUGAACGUCAAGAAAGUACGCCGAUGGAGAUACUGAGGCUGCGAGAGGAGAGUCACGCUUGGACCCAGUGGCAGGAGGUUUUGGCCCAAAGCGCUGCCACGGGUGAAAUGUACGUAGACGAGUCGUUCCCUGCGUCCGGGCGUUCGUUGUACUACGGCGGUUCAGGGGAGAGCGGGGCAGCCGCUCGUUGGCUCAGGCCUCAUCAGAUCCAUGUGGACGCUGACCAUCGACUUCCUUGGGCAGUCUUCCGGGAUCCAAGACCGUCGGAUAUUUCUCAGGGUGUUCUAGGCAACUGCUGGCUGCUCUCUGCACUAGCAGUACUAGCCGAGCGAUCGGCUUUAGUGCGUAGCGUUGUAGUUCGCGCUGAACCCGAAAGGGGCGCUUAUCAAUUGCGACUUUGUAAAGAUGGCCGCUGGUUGACCAUCACCCUUGAUGACCAGCUACCGUGUAAUAAGAAGGGGCAUCUUGUGUAUUCACAGGCAAAAAGAAAGCAGUUGUGGGUGCCAUUAAUCGAGAAAGCGGUGGCGAAGCUUCACGGGUGUUAUGAGGCCCUGGUAUCCGGAAGGGCGAUUGAAGGUCUGUGUACCCUGACGGGGGCGCCUUGCGAGUCGGUGUCUCUGCAAGCGGGGGGUGCAGGUGGAGGGGCGGGCGGUGGUGCACCUCUGGAACAGCUGGACCGGGACCUAGUCUGGGCACAGCUGCUGUCUUCGAGGCAGGCAUGCUUUCUCAUGGGAGCCAGUUGUGGCGGAGGGAAUAUGAAGGUGGACGAGGAAGAAUACCAGCGUCUGGGUCUUCGUCCUCGGCACGCGUAUUCCGUCCUUGACGUAGUGGAGCUGGCGGACAGCAAUCCACCAGUUCGACUUCUCCGCCUGAGGAAUCCCUGGGGCCACUACACGUGGCGCGGCCCAUGGGCGCAUGGCUGUCCGCGCUGGACGGAGCACGUGAGGCGACAGCUCCCGGUUUGCACGGCUGAUAGAGAUCAAGGAGUGUUUUGGAUCAGCUUUGAGGAUGUUCUUAAAUACUUCGACUGCAUAGACAUAUGCAAGGUGCGAGCGGGAUGGCACGAGGUCCGUCUGGCGGGUAUUCUGCCCCCGAUGUCGUCCACGCGUCACCUCACGUGUCUGCUACUCACUGCCACUCAGCCCACAGAGGUUGACUUCACAUUGUUUCAGGAAGGUCAAAGGAAUUCAGCAAAAAGCCAGCGAUCUCAACUUGACUUGUGCGUCGUUGUGUUCAGAACCAAAUCGGGGCCAAGUGCACAAGUUGGCAAACUUGUGGCACACAGCAAACGACAGGUGCGAGGCUUCGUAGGCUGCCACAAAAUGCUAGAAAAAGGCUUUUACCUCGUCGUUUGCCUCGCUUUUAACCACUGGCACACGGGCCUCGAGCUGGCCGACAGUUCCCUCUGGCCGAGGCACGUCCUCGCGGCUCACUCGUCGAAACCUCUCGCGGUGGAGAGGCCGUCCUUACAUCCGCACAUAUUGGCCGAUGCUAUCAUCGGGCUUACCCUCGCGCGAGGCCAGCGCCACGAGGGAAGGCAGGGAAUGACCGCCUAUUAUUUGACUAAGGGUUGGGCGGGUCUCGUGGUGAUGGUGGAAAAUAGACAUACCGACAAGUGGAUCCACGUGAAAUGUGAUUGUCAAGAGAGCUACAACGUCGUCUCCACGAGAGGGGAACUCAAGACCAUUGAUUCGGUACCGCCCUUGCAUAGGCAAGUGAUAAUCGUCCUGACCCAACUGGAAGGCAGCGGAGGUUUCUCCAUCGCCCACCGUUUGACUCAUCGCCUGGCGGCCGGCGGCCGUCUCCAAGACUGGGCUCCCAGAGCUGACGACGAACCGGCUCAUCAUCCCCACCACCGACCACCCAUCGCCAGAAGACUGCUGGGCCUACAUGCGCCUAGACUCAUCACCUAG